UUCCAACAAUAUUGAAUAAUUAGUGCAGUGCAUUCUGAUAAAUCCAAAUAAUUAUGGUAAUUAACAUUACUGUGUUUGUGAACUUUGAAGUUACUUCUUUCGCAAAUUGAAUUUGUUUCAAUGAAUUUCAAUGAAUGUUUUUUUAUAUGAAGCAUUUGUAACAACCUGAUGUUUUUUUGUUGUUGUUAAUAACAGAAAAGCAUGUGUAAAAUUUAAAGUUUACUUUACUUGUGUGAUUAUCUAGUUUGAUCUGCAGUCAAUGCUGAUACAUUGUGACGUCUCUCGAGCCAGGACUGAGGCGUGUCACGACCUCCCAGCCAGAACACGGGUAAGGAUGGAAACAGCUGCUUCAAAGUGAAUCUAGAGUUUAAAAAGUCAGGUCAACAGCUUAGGGUAAGAAGAAAGAAGGUUCACAUAUAAGGACAAACAAAGUUUCCAUGUAAAUUGACGAAGUUAUUUCAGCACUUCUUAAAUGACCCGCUUAUGCUGCUCAUUGUUGGCGUCCCCCAGCGUGGCCCCUCCCUGCAGUGUCCCCUCUGCCAACCCUCCAAUCACUUCCUGUGCAACCCAGCACAUCAUGCAUAAACAUGAGCUCCUCUUGGCUCUAGGACCACGGAUGGUGUAGAUAGGUGAGGGGCUUCACUUGGGUUGUUUUGUCCGGGGCUCCUUCAGCCCAACAAUUCCCAGACACAGGACCAUUUAAUUUUUACGUUUCCUGCCCUUGGGGAGAUCAUGGCUCGGGCCCGCAGCAUUAGAGGGUCUCUCCUGGUGCUGCUCCUGCAACUUGUGCUAAUUUGCUCCUCUCAAAGGAGUGAGGGAUCUCCUGGUCCUCCUGGACCUGCAGGUGUCCCAGGAAUUGAUGGCAUUGAUGGGGAAAGGGGAGUGGAUGGUGAGAAUGGCCGUGCUGGACCUGAUGGUGACGCAGGAAAACCCGGCUCCUCUGGAUUACCUGGAUUACCUGGAAAUGAUGGUUUGAGUGGCCCAAUUGGAGAUCCUGGACCUGAUGGUCCCCCAGGACAGAAAGGAGAACCUGGGAAACCUGGACCUCGUGGAUCAGCUGGUGUGGGUCCAGAUGGACCAACUGGACCACCUGGGCCGUCAGGACUUCAGGGUGAAAUGGGUAAAGCCGGACCCCCUGGGGCCAUGGGUGUUAGAGGACCACAGGGACCCCGUGGACCAACAGGCCCCAGAGGCACAGCUGGAAUGUUGGGCAACACUGACUUGUGUCCAGACUCUUGUCCACCUGGAACCCCUGGACAUCCAGGCCUACCUGGCAUGAAAGGCCAUAAAGGUGUAAAAGGGGAGGCAGGAGAACCAGGCAAACAGGGACACAAGGGUGAAGAGGGAGACCAGGGAGGUCCAGGAGAUGUUGGAACACAAGGACCACGGGGCCCGCAGGGAAACCGUGGAUCUAUGGGAAUGAUAGGCGCCAAGGGUGAGAUGGGUCCUCGAGGUCAUGAUGGCGAGCCUGGUCCCCAGGGUGUCAUGGGGGCGACUGGAGAUCAAGGUCAGAGAGGUGCCAUGGGUGAGUCUGGGCCUGCAGGCGAAAAGGGAAUUCAAGGGCCAAGAGGAAUUACAGGUCUGCCGGGUCCCAAAGGAGAUCCUGGGCUGCCUGGACCGGAUGGCCGUGAGGGUAUUCCUGGGAUGCCAGGGGCAAAGGGAAGCAUUGGAAAGGCAGGCGCUCCUGGGGAGGUUGGAACACAGGGGUAUCCUGGGAUGCCAGGUGACCCUGGACCAAAAGGCCUGAGUGGGUCAAAGGGAGAUGCAGGCGAAACAGGGUUCCCAGGAACACUGGGUUCUGCUGGCAAGUCUGGGGAGCGUGGAGAGCAGGGAGAGGUGGGACCUAUUGGACCUAUCGGUGAACCUGGAGCUAUAGGAGAGCAGGGUCCCGUGGGUCCAGCCGGAAAGUCAGGGGCCAGGGGGCCCAAAGGUGACCCUGGACUUCCAGGUCUUCCCGGUCCUCCAGGUCUUCCUGGAGUGAAAGGAGAGAGAGGAGAGCGUGGAGAAGCAGGACCCAAAGGCGAUCAGGGAGAACAAGGUGACGAGGGAAACCCCGGUGACAAAGGAGACUCUGGUGAGCCAGGAGACCCAGGAGCUAAAGGGGAGGUCGGUAACCCUGGCGAUGUUGGAAGAAGAGGACCUGAAGGAAGUCGAGGCCAGCCUGGUAUUGAGGGGCCCCUGGGAUCACCUGGACCUCGAGGCAUGCAGGGAAACAGAGGACUACCUGGAGUCAGAGGGUCUCAGGGACCUGCGGGCAAGGAGCCGAGUGAUCAACACAUCAAACAAGUCUGCAUGCGAGUCAUGCAAGAACAGCUUGCCCAGUUAGCAGCUAGUUUGAGGAGGCCAGAGUCCGGCGUAGCAGGUUUACCUGGAAAACCUGGACCUCCAGGCCAACCUGGACCUCCAGGAGACAAUGGCUACCCUGGGCAAGUCGGAGCCAGAGGCCUCCCAGGACUUAAAGGCCCAUUGGGACUCAUAGGACAUAAGGGACCUAAAGGUGAAAUGGGAGACAGAGGUUCCAGAGGGCCGACUGUACGAGGUGCAAAAGGACAACCAGGAGCUCCUGGACUUCCUGGUGAACCAGGCAGACCCGGCUAUGGUCGAGAUGGUCGGGACGGGCAGAGGGGCCCUCCAGGUGUCCCUGGACAACCCGGUGUCCCUGGGUCUCCUGGUGCAGCUGGUCCUAAUGGUUACUGUGACCCAUCAGCGUGCAAUCUCCAGGCAGGAGCUGCUCACCAGUCCCUGGAUGUGAAGGGACCUGCAGGGAACUAAGAGCCACUCUGGCAGAGAAAGACAGAAAGACUGGAAAAUCUCUCCUUAGCACAAAACAUUUUUCACUCUCGCUUCCCUCGGGCUGCCUUUGUUGUGGUGCCGUCGAUCCAUUAACCUCUAGACUUGUGAGCCUGUUUUGUGGCAGCCACAUCUCCGUCAGAAGAAGCCAAGAAAAAAAUAUUAAAAAAAAAGAGACAUAAACAUCUUUUGUUGUGCUUCAUAAGAGAUGUUUUGAUUGAUUCAGGGUGAUGAGUUCACAUCAUGGAGAAAACACGUUUGUUUGUUUGUUUCACUCUCCCUCUACCUCUGCCUUUUUCAUUUACAUUUUUAUUUAAAAAACAAAAAACAAAACAAAAAACACUACAAUUUUCUCACACAACACUUGGAAUAAUUAUACACAUCAAAAUAAAUAUCAAGAUUGUGUUUGGAUACAGUGCUUUUUAAGACAAUUAUUUUCAGUCGUAACAAAGCCCGACUGGCAGAAACUGGUUUAGCCUGUCACUCAUCUUUUCAUCUUUCAUAAAAACACAAAACCAAGGUUUCAUUGAGUCACACUGACUUAGGUUUAUGUUGUAAAUCUGUAAAAAAAAAGUUGUGAAUUUGUGCUUGAUUAUAUUUCCUACAAAAUAAACAGAUUUGCCUUGAUGUACAGAAGAAACCGUGCAUUUCUGCGACAACAUGUGAGGAUAUAUAA